AUGGGUCCAUCCUUCAACUUCGACCCAAAUCAGCCCAUUCCUCACAAAUCCCUCGACAACACCUCUCUCAGCCCAUCCCGAGUCAUCCUCAAAGCUCGACCCCAUUGCCCGGCGCAAACCAUCAACAGAAUGUUCCUGCAACGCUCCGCCCUCACUGCGGCUCGCCGCGUCGCCGCCCGACCUGCUGUCGCUCGCACCUUCACCACCUCUUUCGUCCGCCGAGAUGCUGCCCGUCCUGCCACCCCCAACGAGCAGGCCGCUGCUCUUGCUGGCACCGCCGAGAAGAAGGUCGGCUCCUACAAGACUCUAAAGGAGAUCCGAACUGAGGAGGAUCUCUUCGGCCCUGGUGCCGCCCCCGGAACCGUCCCUACCGAUCUCGAGCAGUCCACCGGUAUCGAGCGUCUCGAGAUUCUCGGUAAGAUGGAGGGCGUCGACAUCUUCGACAUGCGCCCUCUUGACGCCAGCCGCCUCGGAACGAUGAAGGAUCCCAUCAUGGUCCGAUCCGCUGGUGAGGAGCAGUUCGCCGGCUGCACUGGUUUCCCUGCCGACUCUCACAACGUCCACUGGCUCGGCAUCACCCGCGAGCGCCCCAUCGAGCGAUGCCCCGAGUGCGGCAGCGUCUACAAGAUGGAUUACGUUGGUCCCGAGGACGAUCACCACCACCACCACCCUCCUGAGUUCGAGGAGCCCAAGACCUUUGCCGAUUACAUCAAGCCCGAGUACCGAUACAAAUAA